AAACGCUCGCAAUUUGCGUUGUGACCAGAGAUAGACAACAAAUACUAAACUAUUUGAUUUCUGAACUAUUCAAGAAGGAAGGAAAACGACUCAGCGUUCUUAUUAGCUUUGAAGAAUUGACACAGCUGGUCAUUAACAGAUUGCGCAAUAAACUCGUCAGAUCUUUCUCGGUCCUCUUUUUUCGAUAUCAAGAACGCAUUCAAAUUCGCCAACUGAUCGAUCAAUUUGUUGUCGUCAAUAUGAACAUUUUUCGAGACUAAAAACUGAAUCGUCUCAACAACUUGUUCAUCGCCGAUUCAGGAGGAAACCAGAGAAUCAGUGCAUUUUUCACGAAAAUCGAGGAAUCAGUGCCGAAGGUCAAAAUCAGUGUAUUGCCAGGUUCGGAAUCCAACGCGCUAUCAAACUUGCCAAGGUGACAGUCGCUCACCGGACAAAGAUCUAGUAUACGCUAUUCAACUUUAAAGCAAACUUCCAGGGGAAGUUCAAUAAAUAAUAAUGGCUACACGUUCUAUAGAAAAACAUGCUCUACAGAGUAGUUCGAGUACGCAGAAACGUUUUAUGGAGAAAUUAAUGCGGAAAAUAUGUUGCUUCUAUGACAGACAGUAUCUAAUGGAUGUGGCAUUUAAUGUUUUAAACUCAACGUGUCUUAUACCCGCGCAUCGUUUGAUACUAUCAGCAACGAGUCCUUUCUUCAAGAACCUUUUCAAUGCUGAUCAAUGCAUUAGUUCCACCGUCGAAAUAAAUGAUAUUGAUAGCGAUAUUUUAGAGCGCUUAAUAGUCUUUUGCUACACCGGCCAGCUGCUGAUUACCGUUAGCAAUGGCGGUGCGAUGCUAAAGGCGGCAAUCGUUUUGCAACUGGACGAUGCCAUAAGCACUUGUGUGGACUACAUUGUAACGCAUAUCAAUGAUUACACAUUUCAGUGUGCUUAUACACUAGAGCGUGAAACGGAAUGUGAACUACUUAAGCAAAAAAUCAUCGAAUACGAAAUACAGAAUUUCAUGAAGGUGAGCCAAAGCGACGAGUUUACGAAUUUUGAUGUUGAAAAAUUGCAAGGCAUUCUCGAAUCUGACAAUUUGAAUAUAACUCGUGAGGAAGAUGCCUAUGAUGCCAUAAAACUCUGGAUUAACCAUGAUGUUCGAGCUCGUCAAGAGCAGCUACCACUUUUAAUAGCUUCUCUGCGGCUUACCCAACUACCUACGGACUUUCUGUUGACACACAUACUCCCAUUACCUGGUUGUGAGCUACUGGCCAUGAAAGCGGUGUUGUGGAUCAGUGAGCCUAAAGCACGGUCUAAGAUAAAUAUCCGAUUUACAGAACCACGGGUGUUCAGUGCUGGAAAUUGUAGUGAGCCAACUUUGCUGGCGGUUUGCUCCAAGAUGAAUAGUUCACACUUGCUACAGUAUAACAAGGCUGAGGAUAAGUGGCAAGACUAUGCGAGUAUAAAAUUCGAUUACCGGUUUUUUAGUACUAUUUUAAAGGAUGAUAAUAUAUUAUUCAUUGGGGGUUGGAAUAAAGAUACAACAUUCAACAAUGUCCUCUGCUGGAAUAUACGAAAUAAAACAUGUCGAAAUUUAGAGGCCAUGAACCAAGCAAGAUACUGGCAUUGUGUUGUCGAAUUAGACGAGAAAAUCUACGCGAUUGGUGGUCGUGUGGGUAAUGAAAGCCUGUCGUCAGUAGAAAGAUAUACGAAAUCCGAUGGUUGGGAGUUCGUUGACAGUUUGAUUGUGGGGCGAGAGGGUGCCGGUGCAGUAUCUUUGAAUGGGAAAAUAUACAUAGUGGGCGGUCAUUGUGGUAAAAGUUCUUUAAAAUCCGUCGAAUGCUACAACCCGGAUUCGAAUACCUGGACUCUUUGCGCAGAUAUGAAAUCAUGUCACUAUUUGCCGGGGGUAGCUGCACAUAAUGGUCAUAUUUAUGUAUUAGGUAGUUGGUGGCGUAAAAGUAGCAGAACUGUUGAACGUUAUGAUCCUCAGCGAAACAAAUGGUCUCAGAUUUAUUGUUUGGAAGGUGUCUAUGGCAAUAUCGUUGGCGUAUCGCUAGAUUAUAAACUAUGGGCUCUUGGUGGCACCUCUAAUUCUGAUGACAAGACAAGUGUAUUAAUUUAUGACGAGAAAACUUACUGUUGGGAACAAAAGUGUUCAUUAUUAAGAAGAGGCAGAUAUUCCUGUUUUGUCGUACCUGCAGCUUUGCUGGCGUCUGAAUGAAUAAACAAUGUUAAAUAUUUUUGUGUAAUCAAUUCACUUAUAAGAAAUAUCAAAAAUGUGCUUUAUUUUGUCUUUUUGAAGGCGGUUAGACGUUGCACAC